ACAAAUCUCACAUUGCGGACAACCAAUAUAGAACAUGUGACUUCGUGAAGCUCACCUGCGCGUUCCUCGCGUCAAGCCACUCCCGAUGCUCGAAGUUCAUCGCCCCGUCACCUCAACUUUGAACCGCCCCCGGAGACUUCAUCAGUGAGAAUUAAUUGAGAUAUUCCUGAACUUCUAUUCACUAUUCUCACCCUCCAAGCCUUCAGAAUGGCCGGGGCAGGCAGUAUGAAGAGGGCUGCCUCCCCCGCACGUGCGUCCAUCUCUCCGCCUCCAGUAAAGCGAAAGAUCGAAUCCACGACCACUAGCAAGACGGUCGCCUCGUUCUUCACUCCCGCCUCACAAAAGAAACCCGAGAAGAUCACCUGGAGGAUCCUCAACAACAGCCUCAUCAUUGGGAGAUACUCUACUGAUCCGACAGAAAAACGACUCACGGAACCCGGAACAAGACGGAAGAUUGCAGCUUUCGAUUUUGACUCUACGUUGAUAGCGACGGCAUCCGGGAACAGAUUCGCUCGCGAUGCCAGGGAUUGGAAGUGGUGGCAUCCUACCGUUCCUACGAAGAUAAAGGAGCUCAAUGCUGAUGGGUUCCAAGUCGUCGUCGUCUCGAACCAGAAGAAGAUUAGUCUGCAAAAGGAGAUCAAGGGUGGUCGGAGCGAGUCCAAGAGCCUUACAACAUUCAAGGAGAAGGCCACGGCCGUGAUGCGACAACUUGAUGUGCCCCUCAGUCUUUACGCAGCUACCCAAUAUGACGAAUACAGGAAACCGCGAAUGGGCAUGUGGAGGGAGUUGGUGGAGGAUUACGAUCUCGACGUCGACGACAGUCUGGACCUCCAGAGUUCUUUCUUCAUCGGAGAUGCAGCUGGACGACCGGGAGACCACUCCAGUUGUGACCGGGACUUCGCUGCGAACAUCGGGAUAACAUUCAAGACGCCAGAAGAGUUCUUUCUGGGGAAGUCGCCCGAGCCAGUGUCACGAGCGUUCGACCCUGCAGUGUAUAUCAAGGAGGAAUUAAGUGGUCCUAAACCAGUGACCUUCGAGAAGCGCAACCCGCUCGACCUAGUCAUCUUUUGCGGUAGUCCCGGAGCCGGAAAGUCGACAUUCUAUUGGAAGUACCUGCAGCCUCUUGGCUACGAGCGCGUGAACCAGGAUAUUCUUAAGACCCGCCAGAAAUGCAUCAAGGUCGCUCAGGAGCAUCUUGCUGCUGGAAGAUCCGUUGCAGUCGAUAACACGAACGCGGACCUGGAGACAAGAGCGUACUGGACUGAGAUCGCGCGGCAGCAUAAGAUCCCCAUCCGUGUUGUAUACUUCACCUCACCGCCCGAGUUGUGCCGACAUAACGACGCUGUGCGCGCAGCAAAUCGAGAUCUGAACCCCGAAUCCCGCACACUCCUCCCUGGCAUCGCAUUCGGUGAUUUCGCCCGUCGCUUCCGACCCCCAGACCUCUCCGAAGGGUUCCAAGACAUCACUCGUGUUGAUUUCCGCUUUGAAGGUGACGAGGAAGCGAAAAAGAGAUGGCGUCAGUACUGGAUCUGAAUAUUUUCCUUCACCAGGCGCAUUCAUCAUCUCCAUGAUUCCACUAAUGUCCACGCAAAAGCGUCGAGAAACAGGAUCUCGGCGUAGGAGGGGGUUUCAAGUUGCUGUCCCCAUU